CCCCCUCCAUGCCGCAUGUCCCCGUCACCGAAGCGAACGAGGGCUGGACCUGAUAUCCGAUCGCCUUAUUAUACGCACGCGUCUUCCCCGCAGCCAUGAACAGCCAUGGGGCCGCCAACUACGAAGAGAAAACCUCUUUCCUAGACGGCAUAUCCGCCGCCCAUCUCCAACAACGAUGGCCACCACCGGUGCACCCGCACCAGCUCCUCGCUCACCUCUCGGCGCUCCUCCUCCGCGCCGUCCUCUUCCUCGUCCCGAGCUUCCUCCAGCCGCACGUCCAGCGCCGCCUCCGACCACGACUUCUGACAACCACAGCCUCCAACCCCCCCAACCCCGGCAGCAGCACCAGCACCAACCCCAGCACCAGCACUAGCCCCGCGCGCCUCAGCCCGACAGCCUACCUGGACGGCAUGCGGGGGUUUGCGGCGGCGGCGGUGUUCCUGUGCCACUACUUCUACACGGCGUUCAAGAUCGCGCCGGGCUUCGGCUCGGGCGGGGGGCACUGGGACCUGCCGAAGCUGCCGUUCGUGCGGCUGGUGUUCUCGGGCCCGCCCAUGGUGUGCGUCUUCUUCGUGGUGUCGGGCUACGCGCUGAGCGCGCGGCCCGCCGCGCUGGCCCACGCCCGCGACUGGGCCGGCCUGCUGCGCGCCGUCGGCUCGCUCACCUUCCGCCGCGCCAUCCGCCUGUUCGUGCCCACCGCCGCGAGCACCUUGCUUGUUGUCGUGCUGGUCCGGCUCGGCGCGUACGAGUGGACCAGGGAGUUCGCCUCCGACGACAGGUUCGUCAGGAAUUACAAGGAGCAUCAUUACCACCGGCUGGAGACGACCAGGGAGCAGCUGCGGGAGUGGGCGAAGGCGCUGUUCAACUUUGUGCACGUGUGGGACUGGCAGCCGUUUGGCGGCAGCAUGGCCAUGGACGUGCAUCUGUGGACGAUCCCGGUCGAGUUCCGGUGUUCGAUGGUGCUGUUCCUCACGAUGGUCGGCACCGCGCGGCUGCGGAGGCCGGUGAGGAUGGCCGUGGUGGCCGGGCUGGUCUUGUUUGUCUAUUGGAGCGAGCGGUGGGAAAUGGUGCUCUUCUACGCCGGCAUGGUGCUGGCGGAGCUGGAUGUCGUCCGGGGGGCGCACGGCAGCGGGCUGGCCGGGGCGGGUGCGCUCCCGGUUGCGGCGUCGCCUGCGCCGGGGCGGCUGGUGAGGCGGUUCACGACGAAGCGCACGGUGUGGAUGGCGGUCAGCAUCGUGGGGCUCUACUUGAUGUCGCAGCCCGACGAGGACGGCGGCCAGGCGCCCGGGUGGGUGUACCUCACGAGCUUGAUUCCCAAGUGGUGGAAGGACGAGCACCGGUACUGGCAGAGCGUGGGGGCUAUCCUCUUCGUGCUCGCCGUGGGACGGUCGGCGUGGUGGCAGCGCUUCUUCACGCUGCCGGCGGUGCAGUACUUUGGCAAGAUCAGCUAUGCUAUUUAUUUGAUGCACGGUCCGGUACUGCACACAGUUGGCUACGCCAUCGAGCGGUGGGCGUGGGGACUGACGGGCGUCGAGGGCAGGGCGUAUGCUGGAGGUUUUUUCCUGGCGUCGCUGUUCGUCGUGCCGGUCGUCAUAUGGGCGGCCGAUGUGUUUUGGCGGGCUGUGGAUGUGCCGGUCGUCAAGUUUGCGAAGUGGUUGGAGGCCAAGUGCUCCCUACCGGAGUGAAUCCUUGGUUGAAGAAGUUUGAGUACGUGCUGUCGCGGUGUCGUUCCCACGGCGUUGCGGGGUCCAGUUGGUGUAACUUGGGGUAACAUUGGCUAUAGAAGGAUGAAUACAGGCAGAGUCAGAUACAGAUAACAUUUGAACACAGAGAUCUCACUGGCCGACCCCCUUCGCCGGUGCGAUGG